CAGCCUCAGAGCCGAGAAUGGUAACUUGUGUCGGAACAGAAGCCCUCACAUGAGUGGCAUGCUUCAUGGAGUUAUGUACCUUGUUUUGCCCCCUCAACUGCUAUCAUGGAUUCCAAAACCUUAAUACUUUUCCUUUUUCUCUUCACGUAUAUUUCCAGCGCAGAAUUCAUUAUUCAUCCGUCCAAUGAAGUUAACCUGUUGAACUCCAAAGCAAGCCAAGGGGAGCUGGGCUGGAUAUCAUCCCCAUCCCAUGGGUGGGAGGAAAUUAGCGGCGUGGAUGAGCACUACACACCCAUCCGGACCUUCCAGGUGUGCAACGUGAUGGAAUACAGCCAGAACAACUGGUUGAGGACCAACUGGAUUCCUCGCAAUUCGGCGCAGAAGAUCUAUGUGGAGCUCAAGUUUACCCUGAGAGACUGCAACAGUAUUCCCAUGGUCCUCACCUGCAAAGAGACCUUCAACUUACACUACCUGGAGACUGAUGAAGACCAGGGAAGUAAGUUUCGCGAGCACCAGUUCUCCAAAAUAGACACCAUCGCCGCCGAUGAGAGUUUUACUCAGAUGGACUUGGGCGACCGAAUCUUAAAGUUAAACACAGAGGUCCGUGAAGUGGGGCCCAUGACUAAGAAGGGCUUUUACCUGGCUUUCCAGGACGUGGGAGCCUGUGUGGCCCUAGUUUCGGUGCGGGUGUACUUUAAAAAAUGCCCUUUCACUGUGAGGAACCUGGCAAUGUUUCCCGAUACGGUACCCACGGACUCUCAGUCGCUCGUGGAGGUUAGAGGCUCAUGCGUCAACCAUUCCAGAGAGGAGGAUCCGCCAAAAAUGUACUGCAGUACCGAGGGAGAGUGGCUGGUGCCUAUUGGGAAAUGCCUGUGCAACAUAGGAUACGAAGAAUGGGGAGUCGCUUGCCAAGCCUGCCGGCCCGGCUUCUAUAAGGCCUCUUCUGGGAACGUCAAGUGCUCCAAGUGUCCGCCGCACAGCUACACACACCAGGAGGGAGCCACGCACUGUGACUGCGAGAAAAACUACUUCCGUGCAGGAGAGGACCCCGUCUCCAUGGCCUGCUCUCGACCUCCAUCUGCCCCACGCAAUGUGAUCUCUGCCAUUAAUGAGACGUCAGUGAUUCUAGACUGGACCUUGCCGGCUGAUAGCGGAGGCAGGAAGGACGUGAUAUUUAACGUGGUCUGUAAGCGUUGUUGGCCGGGUCCCAGGCAGUGUGAACCCUGUCGAGGGGCCGUGCGCUUCUUGCCCCGUGCCACCGGCCUCACUAACACAACAGUAACCAUGGUGGACCUCCUGGCACACACCAACUACACCUUUGAGAUCGAGGCCCAAAAUGGAGUGUCCUCCCUGGCCCCCACGGUCCGGCAGUAUGCUGCGGUCAUCAUCACUACAAACCAAGCAGCUCCAUCUGCAGUGACUGUCAUCAGGAAGGACCGAACGUCCAGAAACAGCAUCUCACUGUCAUGGAUGGAGCCAGAGAGACCCAACGGGAUCAUUUUGGACUACGAGGUCAAAUAUUAUGAGAAGCAGGAACAAGAGACCAGCUAUACCAUCCUGAGGUCAAAGGGCACAAACGUUACACUGAACGGACUAAAACCCGACACGAUCUACCUGCUUCAGAUCAGAGCGCGCACCGCAGCCGGAUACGGCGGUAGCAGUCGCAAGUUUGAGUUUGAGACCAGUCCGGACUCCUUUUCCAUCUCCAGUGAGAACAGUCAGGUGGUGCUGAUCGCUGUCUCCUCCGCCGUGGCCAUCAUCCUCCUCACUGUGGUGCUCUACAUUGUGAUAAGCAGGUUUUGUAGAUAUAGCAAGUCCAAACAUCCAGAUGAGAAGAGGCUGCCCUUUGGCAACGGCCACUUGCGACUGCCUGGCAUCAAGACCUACGUGGACCCGCACACUUACGAAGACCCGAGUCAAGCCGUGCACGAAUUCGCCAAGGAACUGGAAGCAUCCUGUAUCGCCAUCGACAAAGUGGUUGGGGCUGGGGAGUUUGGAGAGGUGUGCAGCGGCCGACUGAAGCUGCCGUCUAAGAAGGAGAUCUGUGUGGCCAUCAAGACGCUCAAAGCCGGGUACACAGAGAAGCAGAGGCGGGGCUUCCUCAGUGAAGCAAGCAUCAUGGGACAGUUCGACCACCCCAACAUCAUCAGGUUGGAGGGUGUAGUCACACGCAGUAAACCCGUGAUGAUAGUGACCGAGUACAUGGAGAACGGCUCUUUGGACGGCUUCCUGCGAAAACACGACGCCCAGUUCACAGUGAUUCAGCUGGUGGGCAUGCUACGUGGCAUCGCAUCUGGUAUGAAGUAUCUGUCGGAUAUGGGUUACGUGCACAGAGAUUUGGCCGCUCGGAACAUCCUGGUCAACAGCAACCUGGUGUGCAAAGUGUCAGACUUCGGCUUGUCCCGAGUGCUGGAGGACGACCCGGAAGCCGCCUACACCACGAGAGGUGGCAAGAUUCCAAUCCGAUGGACCGCGCCAGAGGCCAUCGCCUAUCGCAAGUUCACCUCGGCCAGUGACGUAUGGAGCUACGGGAUUGUCCUAUGGGAGGUCAUGUCUUAUGGAGAAAGACCUUAUUGGGAGAUGUCCAAUCAGGACGUGAUAAAAGCGGUAGAUGAGGGCUACCGUCUUCCCCCGCCCAUGGAAUGCCCUGCCACGCUUUACCAGCUGAUGUUAGACUGCUGGCAGAAGGACCGAAACAACCGGCCCAAAUUUGAGCAGAUUGUCAGCAUCCUGGACAAACUCAUCCGUAACCCCAGCAGUCUCAAAAUCACAGCCAGCACCACAUCCAGACCGGUGAAUCUGCUUCUGGACAGGACCAGCACUGACAUCACUUCUUUUAACACAAUGGGUGAUUGGUUGGAGAGUGCGAGGACGUUACCCUGUAAAGAUGCAUUCAGUGGGGUCAGCUACAGCUCCUGUGAUACACUGGCCAAAACCUCAGCAGAGGACUUCAAGAAAGUCGGUGUGACGAUCGUUGGACCUCAGAAGAAGAUCGUGAGCAGUCUAACAACACUUGAAACACACUCAAAGAACGGUCCAGUUCCUGUGUAAAAUAAAAAAAACGAGCGACGGAAAUGAAAGACACCUAAACGAGAUUGAUGCUGCUUUGGCUUUAACAGACAGGAAGUAGAUUUUAAACGAAAAGAGGAAGUGGAACUACAAUUCUUGAACACAUGUGCGAAGCAGAACAACCUUCCUGGAGAAAGAUCACGUCUACCCGGGCACGAGGGGCAAAGACAAUGAGCGUGUCUCUCAGCCAUUAUCGGCGAGAGAGGCGGAGGAGCGUGGGCCUCGUGUUUAGGAGUCUACGGUCACGCCGCAUGACUCCCCCUAGAGGACGGGAGCCGGUCCGAUCUGAACGGAUUUAACGAAGAGCUCUUCACAUGUGGCAGGGGAGCAUUAAAAAGCCUUCAGGAAAAUCUUUGCAUAAGCAUCCGUCUUCCUUUUGGAAGGUAGCACUUCAGAGAGGCAAUAGCUUGCACCCCACAGUUUUGGUGGUUUCUUGUAGAAAAGCCCCCUUUAUUAAUUCUUCUGAAGAACGGCAAGAGAAAUACAGACGGUUACUGUUAGAGCAAUCUGGUGAUGCUUCUUAGGAUCUGACACGUUUGGCUAUAUAUUUGAUAAUUGACCAUUAAUCUGCGAGUGCAGAGAGCCAUUCUCCAGAAUCAGGGAUGGAGGAGUGGAAACCUUGGGUAAACAUGCCAUUUUAAAGGCUUAUUUGUUGAUGUAGCCCAUGACACAUCUUUGUUUGCACCACUGUGUUCAGAUGAUAUGUGAAUUCAUUAUCAAAUAAAAACAGUACAAUAUAAAGGAAAUAAACUGUUUAUUAGAAUCGGUAACAGUCAUAAUGCAUCAAAUGAGAAAAGCAGACCGAAUAGAGUAAUGAUGUGUUUUGCAGACCAGCCCAAAUGGUAUCACCGAUAGGACUUUGCUAUUGGUUUUUGGAUUAUUGCCGAAAAUAGACUUUUUCACUUCCAGAGCUUAUUUUAGGCGUUUAACCGAAAGUCCAUUCACAAAAUCCAUUGAAGAUGGAAGCGGAAAUAAAAAAAGGUGAACUUUUUGACCUGCGAAUAUAUGUCAUCCUUCCAACUCUCUAUACCAGCAGGAUUUGGACUCAGAAGUCUCAGAUACGAUGUAUGUGAGGUACAUGGGCUGUGAAGGAAAUAAAAUACUAGCUUACUAUUUUCUGAA